GAACUCUUCUGUUUAUGUAGCAACACGUCAUGUGAUCGACUAUCAGCCAGCGGGGUCACAUGACACUCAUCAGCCAAUAGGAUUGCAGGAGUGCGGCUCCAUCAAAGAUCAUCGGAAGAUCCUCGAAACUCGUCAUGUUUCGCUUUAUUGCUUGUUUUGUUUCUCUUUAUCGAAUCGAGAUUUCCGGUCGCUGAAGCCCGAUGUGUUGAGAAGCAGCUGCAGGUGAGACAGAGCUGCUUUCAGCUCAAAUCUUCGGUUUUAAAGCUCCAGUUCUCAGCAUUUCAAACACAUAUCUGUUUAUUUCCUUCUGACUGAUUCACUUUGUAUCGGUUUCGUCUCAAGUUAAUCAACUCAGCGUCAUUCAUGGCUUAGCUCUGCGGGUCUGUGCAGUGAAUUGACUGAGUGUUUUCUCCAGCAGACUUGUGUAAGUGUAAUGAAGUCAUUCUCUGUGUUGUUUAAACUCUGGCUGUGGUGCAUGUUGUCUGAAUUGUAAUGCACACUGUUGCAUGUGAUGCAGGACAGACAGGAGCACACGACCGAAUGACCGCCAGCAGCUGAGAGAAAACUACUAUUUUGAACGAUGAAUUACGUUUGUCAGUAAAGUUCACAGGACGAGGAACACAAACACCAUGUCAUCUAAAUCAUCUCUUCUUAAAGUCAUUCUCCUGGGCGACGGUGGAGUGGGAAAGAGCUCGCUCAUGAACCGCUACGUCACCAACAAGUUCGACGCCCAUCUCUUUCACACCAUCGGCGUGGAGUUCCUCAAUAAAGACCUGGAGGUGGACGGCCACUCGGUCAAGCUGCAGAUCUGGGACACGGCGGGUCAGGAGCGAUUCCGGAGCCUGCGGACGCCCUUCUACCGCGGCUCCGACUGCUGCCUGCUCACCUUCAGCGUGGACGACAGCCAGAGCUUCCACAACCUCAACAACUGGAGGAAGGAGUUCAUCUACUACGCCGACGUCAAGGAGCCCGACAGCUUCCCGUUCGUGCUUUUGGGAAACAAGGUGGACGUGACAGAGAGGCAGGUGACCCGUGAGGAGGUGCAGGAGUGGUGCAGGGAAAGCGGGGGAUACCCGUACUUCGAAACCAGCGCUAAAGACGCGACUAAUGUCACGGUUGCGUUCGAGGAAGCCAUCAGAAGAGUUUUGGCUUUGGAGGAACGACACGAGCAUUUGAUUCCAACAGACAUCGUUAACCUGCACAGAAAGCCUCGCAGCAACACGAGGUGCUGUUAACAGACCAGAACCACCUCCAUUAGUUAAUUUAUGAUCUUUAAACGUUAUAUUUGAACAUGCACUUACUCCUAAACACUGGGUUGCUUUCACUGGGUGGCUUUCUUGUAUCUGAACUGCCUGAAUUUGAACAAUUCUGUGCAUUCAGGCGUCUUGUGUGUGUGUGUGUGUGUUGUGGGAUUUGAGCCGGGUUAAUGCAUGGACGGAUAUCAUUUUGUCUUGCAUGGCAGUUAAAUAGUGAAGAGCACUGCAAUGCACUGCAAAAACAUGCUUUUUUAUUAAAAAUAUCUAAGCGUCCUUAAAACAAUAGGAUUUUAUUUGAGAAGUGCAGCUGUGUAAGAAAAUAGCACUUAUUUUCCACUAACAUAUUUUUUAUUUAUUUUCCGUACCUCAAAUCAUUUUGUUUUAAGUCAAAAUAAAAAAUAAAUGCAUUAUGUGGAAACGGGUCUAUCACAUGCUGUUUGAGUCUUACUGUAAUUGCAUCUUGUUUUAAGGAUGUUUAGAUGUUUUUACUGGAAAACAAGACAAAUGCUGAUUUUUGUCACUGUUUUGUGUGUGUUUGAUUUUCUUUUCCUGUAAUUGUGAUUAACUUUAAUUUAAUUUCUAAUAUAUGUUAACAUGAUUAUGUAGAGAGUGCCAAAUAUAUACACUGUACUUGUACUAAAAUUAUGGAUGAGGUGAAGCGUUUAAGCACUAUUUUGAAAAGAAGCACUAAAGUCUAAAUAUUGUAGAUUGUUCAAUUAAAAUGAAAGAAGUAUUGAACAAUAAAA